ACAGUCGAUUACGUCACUGCAAAUUUCACAUUCGUUUGCUUCGGCUCACUUGAGUCGCUUGUGUCGCCCUCGCCUCAAACCGCCUACACCUACAGAUCAUCUGAUCAGUAAGCGUCUAACAACACACAGUAAUAAACAGCUUAAACAAUGUGCAUUGCUGAGAAAUGAGUGCUUAAAUCGGUGAAAAGCUAGUGAAAGUGCUGCUGAUCACGACACAGAGUGCAUUCCUGCAGAAUUAUGACGGAUAUGUGCAGCAUGUCGACAUUUUACGUUCGAUACACGUAAAAAUCGCUACAAAUCAAUCAAUUUAUUCUGCCUGUGAAUGAAAGCAUGCAGUGAUUAAGAAGUAAUGGAUGGAUAUGAGUGUCAAGGAUUCAAGUUCUACUCCAAUUUUGAUUCAGCCAACUUGCAUCGGGUUGUUUUUGUUCCUAAAAAUGAUGAAAAUGACACCCCGCAGACUACAAUAACUGGUAAGACUGAUGUGGUUGACUAUGAAUUCAACCUAUGGACCAAGCAUGACUGUUCUGACACUGAAUUCGAAAAUGGCAACAGGACUUGGUUCUACUUUGCUGUUAAAACACCAUUGCCAUUGGUGUAUGUUAAGUUUAACAUUGUUGACAUGAACAAACAGGCCAAGCUCUAUGGCCAAGGAAUGGUGCCAGUGUAUAGGAUAGUCCCAUCAAGCAAACAGAAUUGGGAUCGCAUUUUAGAGAAGCCGACUUUUACAGUGGAGGAUGUGUUCACACUAUCUUUCAAGUUUCGAAUGCCAGAGAAUACGAACGCCAUAAUAUACUUUGCUUUCACCUAUCCUUACAGUUUCGUCGAAUUACAAACAAAAUUAGAUGCGAUUGACAAGAAGCAGCGACAAUCUGAUAAGAUCGAUUCGCUUGACGAUGUUUACUAUGUCCGCGAAACGGUCUGCCACACAUUACAGAACAGAAAAGUUGAUUUACUGACAAUAUCAUCGUUUCAUGGUAUAACUGAUAAACGGGAGACUAGAUUAAGAAAUUUAUUUCCGGACAAAAGUGUCGAGAGACCCUAUUUGUUCAUAGACAAAAAAGUUAUAUUUUUAUCAGCCAGAGUCCAUCCAGGUGAAACCCCUUCCAGUUUCGUGCUCAACGGUUUCAUCAAUCUUAUCCUCACAAAGGACGACACCAUUGCACAAGCAUUACGUCGACUUUAUGUGUUUAAAAUCGUUCCAUGUUUAAACCCGGACGGGGUGGUGAAUGGUCAUUACCGCACUGACACACGUGGUGUUAAUUUGAACCGCGUUUAUUUGAACCCUUCGCCAACUGAGCAUCCUACAAUCUAUGCCGCGCGUUCUUUAAUUCGCUAUGCGCACUAUGGAUAUGAACGAGAGACCGACGAAAUGGAGGUGCCGCUCAUUACCGAUGAAAAUAUCAUUACCGAGGUUGGCGCAAUCACAUUAGACGAGAAAAAUAAAAAGAACAAGUCUAUGUGUAAGAAAUGUCGCAGUGAAAAAGAUAAGGGCGUGGAAAGAGAAAAUGUGCCACAAGAUGGCCGCGCUAAUAUUUGCGUGACCUGCGGUGAUUGCGUUGACGUUAACAAUAGCGGAUUAUUUCUUUAUCUAGACAUGCAUGGUCAUGCGUCAAAGAAAGGCAUUUUUAUGUAUGGAAAUCACUUCGAUGAUAUAGAGAGUAACGUGCACUGCAUGCUCCUGCCAAAAGUGAUGAGUCUGAAUAAUCAGAACUUUCAUUUUACCGCGUGCAAUUUUACGGAGAAGAAUAUGUAUUUAAAGGAUAAACGCGAUGGAAUGAGUCGAGAAGGUUCUGGCCGUGUGGCAGUAUAUAAACUAACCGGUUUAAUACAAAGCUACACUUUGGAAUGCAAUUACAACACUGGUAGAUUGGUGAAUCAACUUCCUCCGUGCAUUAAAGAGGGACCGAAGUUUAUGCAAAAUCUCAUUGUGCCACCCAAAUACAAUCCCGCCGUUUUUGAGGAGGUGGGUAGAUCUUUAGGCGCUUCAAUAUUAGAUCUGACCAAUAGCAAUCUCCACACACGGAUAUCCCACUCUGAGUACCAUUCGUUAAACGGGAUGCGCGACUGGCUGCGAAUUCAUUCCACCUACAAUCUGGGGACAGCACGCAAGACGCCGAAGAAAGCCAAAAUCCGUCAGGCGGCCAGCCUCCACGCUCAGGGCAAGGCAGUACGUCCGGUGCUGAAGACGCGCUCCUUCCCGACAAAAUGUCACCCGAAGAAGUCAUCUCUCAAGCCAGGACUUAAGCAGCGGCAGGCGAAGGCAGCAGCAGCAGCAGCGGCGGUGGCGGCUGCAUCCAAACGUGAACGCAAGUGCGGCUCUCCACAGCCGAGUUGCUCGCAUGACCGCCAGCAUCUGGCCUCUUCGUCUUCAUCGUCCUCGGGCGGUUGUCACUCCACCCGUCGCAAGCCAGCUCUUCUAAUGAAUCAGAAACAAGCCGCUUCUCAAACAAUGGCAGUUGGUAACAAACGCGCAGGUGGUAGUACCUCACCUAGCGUCAACUUCAUUGCGCGAAAUAUCCGCAACACCUCACCUGCAGCCAAAGGCAACCUGCAAAUCGACCGAAAACCAGGCGAUGUGAAUGUGAAAGAGAUUUGUUACGUUAAAGGCGGACGCGGCAAGCAGGUGAUUGCCACUUAUGAGCAGAAUAAUCGAGUACUGCCGGAUAAUUUAAUCGUUGCCUGGGAUGGGAGUAAUGCAAAACCACAGAUGUUCACGCAUAAGUCUAGAACACCCGCAUUUUUAAAUCGAAGAAGUAAUAGCGAUGGUGAAACUAGACAUAGAAAUUAUCGCUCACAUAAUUUUCAAAAACACACCCAGGGCCAGGUUACGAGUGGAACAUCUACUGUGAAUUAUAUUGCACGUAACAUUCGUAACACGUCGCCAGCUACCAAAGCUGCACACCAGGCUGAACGAAAGCAGGGUGAUGGUAAUGUCAAAGAUGCAAGUGGCAAGCGUAUAAUUACCACCUGUGAGCAAACCAAUCGUAUUUUGCCUGAAAGUUUGACUGCUGCCUGGGAUGAAACUAGUUCCAGAUCUCAGAUGUUCAGUAAUAAGUCCAGAACACCAGGUUAUCUGAGCAGGAAGAUGCUUAGCGAAGGUGAGCCCAGACAAAGAAAUUUCCGUGUGCAUAAUUUCCAAAAGCAGGGCUCCAAGGCAAAACUGAAUAAAGCGACCAAGAUAAAGACCAAAACAAAGAAAAAGAAGAAGAAAAUCCGCACCAAGGAGUAAGAAGUAACUAAACGCUAUUAAUACAUAAAUAUUAACAUGGUCGCCAUUCUCAAAAAUCUCAAAUUUGUAGUUGUUGUUUGUAUGGAAGAACUUGUGUAACAUUCAACCACCGUGAUAUUUUUAUGUGAUUUGUGUGUACAUAAUCGUGAAAUUGUGUAUAUUUGAAAUAUAUUAUUCAAAACGGAAUAUUAGCUAAGUGAAUAUUAUAACAAACACAACUUAAACUUAAACAGAAUGUAAAUUGAUUUAUUUUGUUGUUUAUAAAUAUGGCGCCUCAUUAUUGCUUUAAUUUUCGGUAACGUUGUGCUUAAUCAUGGAUAGUAUUAUAAUUUUAUUUCUCGCUUUGCACAAAUGUAUUAAUUUUAGAACACAGAUUUAUUUAUUCGACGUGUAACAAUUAUUUUAUGCGUACUAGAUGAACUUAUGAAGAGAGUAAAUUUUAUUCUUUUCGAAUUAUUGUUGCGAAAACGUGGAGGACGGUUAAUGCUUUAAUUGCUUAAUUUUGUGAAUUGAAAUGCGUUGGUACUUUUUUCAAAAUGUAUAGCAUAAACACUUUAUUUUUGAAUAUA